CGGGACCCGCCGUUGAACCGCCGAUGCGGUUUCCGGUUCACCGUGUCCGGGAUUUAUUUUCGGUCAGUGCCGCGCUCCUAAUCGUUAGUGCCUGCCGGGAUCGUCGUCGGUCAGACACGCGCGCGCGCUACGCGGUGCGCUCAACGGGCACGACGGACACGUUUUCCCGGGACCCAGUAGAGUGAACAACACGGAACCGUCGCGCGAGUGAAACGAUCCAGUAUGUGGUUGGACACUUCGCGGCCCGACGCGGAACGCUUCGCUGCGAUCGGAUCGAUCGCGAGCUGACGCGCGCGACGCGGACGGCGACCAGGCGUCUGAAUCUACUUUGUGCCUGACUCUCCGAGUGCUCCGUGGAUCGAGGGAUCCCGUCUGUGGUGAAGUGGUUACAUAGUGACGAUACUCUGACAGCCAAACUCGAACGAACUUCGUGGAAUAGUGAAGCUACGCAAAGGUGGCCGUUUGCUCAGUGACAAUCUCCAGUUUCUCCGUUUACACCGCCGUGUAACAGUGAAGUAUACGGAACCCCGCUUAACCGGUGACAGUGGACAGAACGAACGCGAACUAUCAUCCGUGCGAUCGAUGCGUCUAUCAGCCACCUAACCGAUAUCAUCGUCCAACAGAGUCGACGUUCAUUGGUGAAGCUUAGCAAGUCUUAGGCACCAAGAUUCGUGCGCCGUACUGUGUUCGCGCGUCGGCGGCGGCGACGACGUCGUCGGCGAGUUUGUCCGCGAGAACCGUGGGCUGUGGCGGCGGCAUCGACGUCGCGACUAAGGUGGAGCGUCCGGGCAGCACGACGACGCUCAACUUCACGGACCUGGGGAGCCCAUUCGGGGCGGGCGACCCCUGUCCGUCUAGCACCCCGACCCCGAAUAGCAUGUCGGGAGGCGGCGGGCCAUCCGGCGGCGGUGGUGGCGGCGGUGGCGGCGGAGCGACCGCGGCUGGUGCUGGCUCCGACAUGGAGCAGCAUCUUCAUCACACCGGGCUCGGCUCGGUGACCCCUGGCCCGCCGGGCGGCAACGGCGGCGACAGCACCGCGUCCAGCACACCCGUCUCACAGAGCGGCAAAUCCGCUUUCAUCGAGCUGCAACACAACAAUCUUUACAAUCCGGCCAGCCUGCGUGGCGGCUACCCCGGCGGGCACAACGUGCCCGGUGCCCAUCAGUUCUCGCACCAGGUCGGCGCGCUCGGACAUCAAACCUCCGGCCCCGGCAGCGGGAACCAGCAACACGCUGACGCGGGAUUCCCCAGUCCUAGGUCCGCGCUAGCCGGAUAUCCGUUCGCGCCCAUGCACCAGCACAACGCCUACGGAUAUCACCUGGGAUCGUACGCGCCCCAAUGCCCCUCGCCGCCCAAGGACGGUGAGUACCCCAACUGGUGGUGCAUGUUCGCAGACCUCUCGCCGUUGGGCGACAAGAGCGGCAGCCUCGUCGACGAGCUCGGCGGCGGCGGCGGCGGCUCCUUGAGGAACGGCAAAGGCAAGAAGAUGAGGAAACCGCGGACGAUCUACAGCAGCCUGCAGUUGCAACAGCUCAACAGGCGGUUCCAGAGGACGCAGUACCUCGCGCUACCAGAGAGAGCGGAGCUAGCGGCGAGCCUUGGACUGACGCAGACGCAGGUAAGUUCUUUUUUAUCCGCGCGACCGGGAAUAUUUUACUUCUUACGGUACGUCCAUCGACGGAUCGGACAGACGUGAUCCAGCAAAUCUGACGUACGGAUACAUUUGACACUAUAUUUUCAUCUGGACACAAUGCAAC